UCAAAAUACAGAACAGCUAUUUGCGAAGAAAAGGAGUUGGGGGAGAAUGUCGUUUAGAGGGAAGAGAAAGGAUCACUCUUCUGACGCGAGUGAUGUCCACGCGCCUUCCAUGAAAACCUCCAAGUUUUCAACCGCCGAUGACGAUUCCGAUGAUUCCAACGACAUCGUUGUCUGCGAGAUAUCUAGGAAUAGAAGAGUUUCAGUGAGGAACUGGAAUGGCAAAAUUUGGGUUGAUAUUCGUGAAUUCUAUAUUAAGGAUGGAAAGCAAUUGCCUGGCAAAAAAGGUAUUUCUCUAAGUCUGGAUCAGUGGAAUACUCUACGGGAUCAUGCAGAGGAAAUUGACAAGGCAUUGGGCGAGAACUCUUAGGAAGUAGACAUGGUGUACAAUGUUUGAAGAUGAUGGGAGUGUAAGGUGUCGGGGCAGCAUCUCUUACUUUUAUUGUUGGAAACUGUAGUUGCUGGAGGCUGGGGUUUUGUUUUUAACCAGACCCGAUGUUGACUUGUUUUUGAAGUUUAUAGACUUAAAAGGUUCCAUCAGGAUCCCCCCCUUCCCUUUAUGUAAUUAGUUGUGUAGUCUAGUAUGUGUUGUAUCUUGAUGUUGGAUGAUAUUUAACAUGAUCAGCAAAUGGAGACUUGGAGGGAAUGUAGGCA